AUGUUAACACAAGCUAUUUCGUGUGAUCCACCAACAGCUUGGACUUCCCCAUUACAGGAUGAUGCUAUUCCGUACCAUACUCGGUACUACCGCAGGCGCGGACGACCCUCUAUGAAGGAGAAGGCCCAAGGCCAGCAGUAUCUUACCCUAGAUGAAGAGAAAGCCCUUAUCAAGUAUCUUUUGCUAAUGUCUGAACUUAGACAGCCCGUCCAAAUCAACUCCCAGGCAAGAACUAGGCUCGGUCCUUUAAGAAACGCAACCCUAGAUUAA